AUUACCCUCUUAAUACACAACAAUAUGUUAAUUACCCUCUUUAUACACAACAAUAUGUUAAUUACCCUCUUUAUACACAACAAUAUGUUAAUUACCCUCUUAAUACACAACAUGUUAAUUGCCUUCUUUAUACACAAGGAUAUGUUAAUUACCCUCUUUAUACACAACAAUAUGUUAAUUACCCUCUUAAUACACACACCGAUAUGUUAAUUACCCUCUUAAUACACACAACGAUAUGUUAAUUACCCUCUUUAUACACAAUAUGUUAAUGACCCUCUUAAUACACAACAAUAUGUUAACUGCCUUGAUACACAAGGAUAUGUUAAUUACCCUCUUUAUACAAAGCGAUAUGUUAAUUACCCUCUUUAUACACAACAAUAUGAAAAUGUUUCUAAAGGAUUACCAAGCGACGAUCAUACUGUCACACACACAUCUGUGUGACUUGGAGACAGUUUAGUUGUCUCGGACAGAUACUGAUUAGCUGACUGAAUGGUUAAUGACACGCAUAUAGUCCUGCGGCAGUUAUUGUAUAAAUAUGUUCAUAUGUAGGCUAUGUAAAUAUAUUAGCAGUUUGGUCAUGAAGAAACACUAGAUGUGUGUUUCAUUCUUCAAUUUUUUAAAUAAAUCUAAGUGUUGUAAUAUUAUAGCCUACACAAUGUCAUCAUAAUGUACUCUGUGGUUGGUUUUGUGUGCGUUUUUGUUUUAUUUCUUCACUUUAUAAAUCAAAUGCUGUAACAAUGUUGUAAUUAUAUGGAAUUGUCAUAAAUCUGCUGCUGGCGAAGCUUAAACGAGUUGUCUGAUUCUUCUGCCACUCGAGACCAGCCAAUGUUGCGAAUAACUGCCACUAGGGGUCGCUUGAAUAUAAUGUAGGGAGAGAGGUGGUAGAGAAAUGUUUUUGAUAGUUUUGCAGCGCUCAUGCAACAUCGCCAACAGCGUACCCAAGACUAUUUUCUAUAUAAGUCCACUUGACCGUCUGUUCUCUGACGCCGCUCUUGUAGAGGCAGAACGCAUCACACCCGGUCUGUUCAGCUUUAAGACUUUUGUAGCAUGGAUUUGAUAGUCAAAGUGUAGAAUAUUGUGUUAUUGCAGAGAACGGAAUGAAAUAAAUCUCUAUCACUAACUCCAUGCACUGCUCAACGGCUACAGGAGUCCGUCUGCCAGUAAGAUGAGGUUGCUACAACACUGACCGACAACACGUCUCACACACUGGAUCACAGUAACCUGGAUGCAACACACUCCCGCAGACCAAGAUGUGUGUAUCUGCUCUGUCUCGGCGGCUGAUGCUGUGUCUGCAGCUAUUGGUGAUGGUGGUUUUCAGGACACAAGGUGAGGUCAUCGCCCCCUCCAGCAUGACCGCGGUGGCGGGCCUCCCCUUCACGCUGGGCUGUAACGUCACCAUAGCAACUGGCGACACGGUCAAGCAGGUCCGCUGGCUGAACAAACACAAGCAGGUUCUCCUGGCGUACGAGCCAGGCGAGUCGGUCAGAACCACCUCCCGCCAAGACGACGUGGAGCUAACUUCCUCGCACCGCAACGUCAGCGCCAUCACCAUCAAGAGGGUGGGGCCUAACGACGAGGGCUGCUACCGCUGCAUCUUUGACAUCUACCCCAGCGGAGCACAGGAGGGAAAGACCUGCCUCAGUAUCGAAGUCAAAGUGGGCAAUGAGGGUAAUAAAACAGCCGUCAGCGGGAAGCUGGCCACCAUGUCCUGCUGGUACGGCCUCCCAGACAGGGUACGCCAGGUCCUGUGGAGAAAGACUGCAGAGCAGGGCGACACGACCACGUUGGCCUCCUUUGCCAAGCGAGGCCAACCCAGCAUUGAGGAACCUUAUCGGGGACGCAUGACCCUGAACCCCUCCCUGGGAGACACCCAGCUCUCCAUCAGGCCGGUGAAGACGGAGGACGAGGGCUGCUACACCUGCGAGUUCCACACUUACCCAGAAGGCACCAGGAGCGCCACGGCCUGCCUCUUUGUAUAUGUGCUGCCCAACCCAGAGAUCACCCACGUGACCUCCAGUGGGGUCAUCGAGGCCAACUGCACGGCCGCAGCCCGUCCUGCAGCCCAGAUGGUAUGGAACGUGGAGGGCGACAACCGGACACUGGGGCCGUCCGUGUCCUCGUCCUACGACCAGGGGGACGGCACCACCCUGGUCACCAGCACCCUCCUCCUCCAGGAGGGCCUGCCCCACGACCAAUCCGUCACAUGCAUGGUGCACCACCGAGGCCUGGACUCGCCCAUGUCCGUCAACCUCAAUGUUGGUUCGGCCCUCACUACUAUCAUCUCAGUAUCCUGUGUGGCAGCCCUGCUCCUGUGCUGUCUGUGUGUGUGCCUCUGCAAGUGCUUCCUGUGUCGAGACGAUUGAGAUUUGACCUGGAAUGGUGGAAGAAGGACUGUUUUGGUGAGAAGCCAGAGUUCUGGUCAUCCAGCUCGACCUAUCAGCUCCUCAGCACCAUACGCCCCAUGUCUGUUAGAAGGAACAACUCACUACAGUGCUACACAUCACCAACAGCUGUUUCCCCAGGCCCCACUGGGUGAACUGGACAUAAACCUUCAUCCCACCAGUGACAACAACAUCAACAACACUAAAGCCAUGUUUCUAUUAACAGUAGAUAUAAAGACACUUUUCAAAAUGUGGCUUUGAAGUUUAGUUUGUCUGGUCCCAGAUCAGUGUAAUGACUUGCCAACGCCUAUAGUCAUUGUUACGCCAAUGGCGCAACUGAUCUGGGAUCAGGCUAUAACCGGUCCACUCGAUGAAGAAAAAGUAUAGGACAAAGGCCCUUAAUAUAAAGUGCCUUAAAAGUAGGUUUUAAAUUAUACGUUCGCAAAAAUGUUCUAAUUACACACUGUAAUGUUUUUUAACAGUUACAGUGAGUUUAAGGACCAGGCUGCUUUUUUGUGUGGGAGUUCUCCUGUUAUUUGUUUGUGUGAUUUUGCUGCUGUUAUAAGGGGGGUUACACGUCUUUAUUUUAUGACUCAAAAACACAAACACACAAGUUGACUUCAUGGGAGUUCCAGUAUUAAAAUGCAAUUUGCCAUGUAUUAGUUAGCUAUAUGACAUUUAGAAUACAAACAAUAUAUAUAUUUCUCAUGCUCGGUAUUUAACUUAGAUAUUUACAACAGGGAAUGACAAAAUGUCUGUCUCGCGUGCCUUUCCUAUUGAAGGGUAUUCCUACCAUCUGACCAUUUGAACUGAAGGUGUAAUUACAGCAGGAAAAUGGCCUCCAACUUUUCAGCCUGUUUAAACCUCACAACAGAUGUAUGUAUACAAAUGAACUACUACUGUUUAUUAGCAAUAAACUCUUCAGCAUC